GAAUUCAUCAUGUACCAUAGAAGACAGCACAAGAUUUGGAGUGGUCUGGAGCGAAAAAAAUUUGCACAUUUGGCUUUGGGAGCUUCGGCUUUACCGUUAAAAAAUCAUCAGGGCAGGAUUCCGUUUUAUCUUGGAGAUAGACGUUGAUUUUGUUGUUCAUGAGAUGGUAUUUAAGCCGAUGAAGACGAAUGUGAAAAUCAUAUCUGUAAUUCUCAGCUAGUAGUGAUGAGAUCUUUUGCGGCUUGUUGUAUUUUGGUGGCUGUUCUGCAAGUGAGGGGUGCACCGCUGACUAAUGACCAGAAAGCAAAACUCGAUGCCUACCAGCAGGACUGCAUUUCCGAAUCCAAAGUCAACCAGCUCCUAAUCGAAAAAUCCAGAAAAGGCAUCUUCAGCGAUGAUCCCGCAUUCAAAAACUUCCUCUUCUGCUUCUCCAAGAAAGCCGGCUUCCAAGAUGCCAACGGCUUAAUACAAAAGGACGUUUUCGAAAGGAAAGUGAAGAUUGUGGUUGAUGACGAAGCUCUGGUAUCCAAACUGUUGGAGCAGUGUGUUGCACAAAAAGCCACUCCCCAAGAAACCUCCUACUACCUUGCCAAGUGCUUGAGGGAAGUGGCUCCUAAUAUGGAACUAUUCAAGGUGGCUCCCGAAGUCGUCUAUGUGUCCAAUGAAAAAAGCCGACAGGCUCUUCUUCAACACAAAGAAUGCGCCGCUCAGGAUCCUCUGGGCCAAGAAGCAAUUGAAGCAGCCCGAAAACAAGGCGUUCUUUUCGAAGACGCCAAGUUCAAAGACUACAUCUUUUGCUUCUCGAAGAAGAGCGGCAUUCAACGCGAUGAUGGUUCCAUUGAUAAGGACCUGUUUUACAAGAAGUUCGGCGAAGUCAUCGACAAACCCGCGAUAGUUGAUCAACUGGGCCAGAAAUGUCUUCUCGAGCAGGACACGCCUGAAAAUACCGCUCUGUUUGUUUCGAAAUGUAUUCAUGAGAAUUCACCAGUAUAUUUGGAAAUUUUCCCCCGAGACCUUCCAAUUCCAGAAGAAGCUGCGAAAGAAAUAAUCGCCCAUGGACGUGCCUGUAUCAAAGAGACUGGAAUCGACCGGGAAAUUCUGGAAAAGUCCCGUGAAGGCAUUUUCUCGGAAGAUCCCAUUUACAAAGAGUUCACGUUCUGCAUGGGGAAACAGGCCGGGUUUAUCAACGAAGCUGGCGAUGUGCUGAAGGAUGUUCUGAAGGAAAAGAGCUUGAAACUGUUCAAUGAUCCUGCUUUGGUUCAGAAACUCAUUGACCAGUGCAUUGUUAAGAAAGAAACUCCUCAGGAGACUUCCUACCAUGCUCAUGUGUGCCUGUACAAGAAUUCUCCUGGACAUUUAGCCCUCACCCAGUUCGGAGCCAUUUCGCAGGAAAAAAAGGAGAAAAAAGUCCAAAUCAUAAAAGAAUGCGCUGAAGAAAGCGGCGUAUCCCGAAGCGCUGUUUUAAGUGCCCGUAAAGGAGAUUUCCAAGACGAACCAUUACUGAAACAAUACUUUUUCUGCAUCAACAAAAAAUCCCAGAUUCAGAACGAGGCAGGUGAAUACAAGACUGACGUUAUCCGGAAGGGCUUAACUGAGCUUUUCAAUGCGGAGGAGGCCAAUAGGAUUAUCGAGAAAUGUGCUCGGAUUCAGGACAGUGCCUUGAACACAGCUUUCCAGAGUUUUAAGUGCUUUUACAAUGAAGCUCCGGAGAUUACUGGUGUUUUCUAAUGCCCCCUCGACCUCGGGUUUUAUAGAUUUUAAUUUAUUUUAUUUAAUAAAUGAUAAGCUUCUAUUCUAA